CGGAAUAACACAAAAUUAGCACACAUAACCUAAGUACAAUGGUGUCCAGCCACUUUUCUCUGACAGCCAUAAUUUCAAGAUCCAAAUAUUGCUUAUUGAAAUUUGUUUAUUUCAGAUCUAUGAAACAAUGUGUUUCUUCAGUAUAAUUCUGUCAAAGUCAUUUGAAUCGUGGAAUCCACUUUGAGGUUGGCAGUAAAUUGGAACUUGCCACCGAAGCUUCUAGUGGAUAGUCUCGAAGUAGCUAAGGACUUCUGGUCAACUCUGCUUGUGAUAUACCAAGAAUCAAGAUACUCUAAAAUAGCUCAAUUCAAGAAUUGCUCAGAAGUCGAAAACUUUGAGAUAAAGGGUUGUGGUAAUUUGGAUUUCUUGAUUAAAUUCAUCUAAAAUGGGUAAAGGAGGGGGUUGUAUGCCAACCAAGAACAAGUUUCCUAUAAAUGAACCAUCAGCAGAGAGACCAGUGAUUCAAACUGAUAUAACAGGGUCAGAAGCAGAAUGGUCCAAGAAGUUGAGAAUAUUCAUUGUGUUUUAUUCAAUGUAUGGACAUGUUGAAACAUUAGCUAGAAGGAUGAAAAAAGGGGUUGAUGGGAUUGAAGGUGUUGAAGGGGUUUUGUAUAUGGUUCCUGAAAUUUUGGCACCAGAUGUUUUGGAACAAAUGAAAGUCCCCCCAAAAAAUGAUGACAUUCCAGUAAUAUCUGUGGAUGAACUGAUUGAAGCUGAUGGAUUCUUGUUUGGAUUUCCUACAAGAUAUGGAUGUAUGGCAGCUCAAAUGAAGGCAUUUUUUGACUCGACCGGGAAGUUGUGGAGAGAACAGAAGCUUGCUGGAUUGCCUGCAGGGUUCUUUGUCAGUACUGGUACACAAGGAGGUGGGCAGGAGACCACAUCCUGGACAGCAGUGACUCAAUUAGCUCACCAUGGGAUGCUCUAUGUUCCAAUAGGAUACACAUUUGGUGCAGGAAUGUUUAGAAUGGAUUCAAUAAGUGGAGGUUCUCCCUAUGGAGCAGGAACUUUCUCCGGUGAUGGUAGCAGGGAACCUAGUGAGCCAGAGUUGGCCCUGGCUGAGCACCAGGGCAAGUACAUGGCAAUGACAGUUAAAAGAUUGGCUCAGUAACAUUCCUUACCACCUGCCUGAUAAUGCCAGUUUUAGAAUUUGAAAAAUGUCCAAUUUUCCCCUAUAUUCAUUCUAUAAAAUGUCUUAAUUUUAAGUCAUUCAUACCUUUGUAAUUAAGCAAAUCAUCUUUGCCUUCAACAAAGUUCCCCGGAUGAUAAGGUAUCAAUUUACCUUUCUACUUUUCACUUUACUUUAAACUUACCUUGAGUUCGAUCCGUUAGGGGUGAGAACGGCAAAGGUGUGGAUGCCCUUCAAAAGUAUAUCACAUUAGUAAACUCAACACCUUCCAUAUAGUAGAAUUGUAAUUUUAUCCUGCUUUAGAAACACCCUACAUGUAAUUUUUAUCCAUUCCUAAACGAAUGUAUCAAAAUCUGUGUGUUCAUGUUUUUUUUCUUUUAUUAAUUUGAUCUUAGAGGGGAGGGGAGGAUGGAAUUUGAAAGCCAUGACGCAUGUAGAAGACUCUAGAACCUUCUAGUUUUGUGGAGAAGACUAGAGAAUUCCCUAGAAUUCUCUAGAAUACUUUAGAGCUUUGUAGAAGACUUUAGCAUAUUCUAGACAAUCUAGAAUUCUCUAGAAUAUGGACUAAAGUGUAGUUAGGGGAAGGACUUGUAUAGUAAAUUUUAUUUACACAAAGGCCCUUAGGAUGUAGUAUAAAUAGGAGGGCCAUUCAUUUGUAAAUCAUCCAACAAUCCAACCAAGUAAAGUAGUAAUACAAGGUUCCUUCUUCUAAAGUUCUCUUUGCCCUUUCUAAGUCUUUAGGCUUACUUGAGCUUACAAGAUCGUGAAAGAGGUGUGAGUAAGUUGUCGAGUGCCGCACGGAGUACGAGCAGAUUCUCUAGGUCCGUGACACUACGCUCUGUAAUUAUCAACUAUGGAGAAUAAUUAAUUAUCUUUGUGUGAAAGAAUCCAAAAAGAAAAGACGAGCUCAGAUUGGAUAUUUCAAGGCGGACGUAGCCCAUCUCUCAAAAAUUGAGUGAAUGGGCCUGCCUGUUUUGACUAGUCGUAUGAAUAGAACAAGGAAGGGGCUUCAUUGGAAUAACACAAAAUAAGCGGACAGUAUAUAUUAGAUGCAAAACCUAAGUAUUAAGGGAAGUUGGAUUGUGUUCAGCCACAACAAUAAUUUCAAGAUCCAGCUUAUUGCAAUUUCUUCGUUUUUAUUUGUUCUUCAGUCAAUCGAUACAUGUGUCAAAUUUGCAAAUGACAUCGUUUUCUGUCUAUCCUCAAUUCACAUGAUUUGGGAAUGUCUCUUAUUAAUUUUAACAGAUUUAUCGUCUUCACUGGUAGGUAUAACUGUUGCUCUGCUGCAUCUCUUCAAGAAUAACAUAUUAUGAAUCUCCAGUGUACCAUUCUACCCCUACUCGAAAACAUCCAAGUACCUGUGAAUGAGAAAACACAAACACAUAAUUAGUAAAAUCGGGAGAAGAGAAAGCAUGUGUAACACAGUUCUAUGAACCACAUAGUAAAAACAGGUAAGGUCUAUUAUUGAUUACCAUUUUUAUUCUCGAUGCUUUGAUCUAAAUACAUUUAGGGUCUGUUUGGUUACUGAUUCUAACUCUUAUUUCUUAAUUCUCAAAUACUCAGUGUGUUAAAAUUUAUAAUACUCAUUAAAAUAAAUAACACAUGAAAAGUAAAGAAAUAUCAAUACUCAUUAAAAUAAAUAACACAUUAAAAGUAGAGAAACAUUUUUCCUUUCCAUCAGCUUAUUUGUGAUCCGCUUUUAGCUCAGUGGUCCUAACAAGGCCUGAUAUUUUAAAUGAAAAAGAUUCAGAAAGUAAAGUGACAUCUUGUUAACAACAAAGAAGAACAACAAAGAAGUAGGGAGUGGGAGAAGGAAUUACUCUUUCUCUUUAGGGAUGAACUGAUUCAUCGAGCUCUGUGAAAUCUGAAAUUUGAUCAGUUGCUUUGAUUGAACCUCUGAUGCUUGGCUUUUCCUGAAGAAAAACUAAUAUUUUAAAUCUCUCCAUCUCCUCUUCAUGCAUUCAUAGACGGGAUAUAUCUGCAUAUGUUGGUGAUGGAGGACUGCUUGUUGUGAUAUUGUGUGACAGAUAUGUGUAUAUGUUGGUGGUUGAGGAAUUUUCUGCACCUUUUCAAACAUCAAGUAAUAAUCUCUAACCAGUGAAGCAGGAAAGACUCAAUUAGCCGAGGUACUAACUGUCUCAAAUAGCUGAGGUACUAAAGUCGAUCAUUUUUGUCUUUACGGUUUAGUUUCGAUUCAGCAGGUUUAUAUUACUGACAUAUACUACUAAUGUAUAUUGGACAUGGAAACAUAGAAAUAGAAAAAUAGCACUGGCACAGGUGAAAACACAGACAGGCUCCGCACUCCGCUUUCUUCUCAUUUGAUACACAAAAAUUAACUCAAUGUCGGCGUAUGUGAACAAUCGUAAUCCAACACGGACAAGUAACAAAGUAGCUUUGCACUUUGCGUUCUUUUCAUAGAAAAAUAUAGCUCAAUAUGAGAAAACGUACACAAAAAAUUGCUGCACAACACUCAAUAUCUUGUCAUGUAUGAAAAACACAGUAAAAUUGCACAAAUUCAGACAAGUAAAUGGAUAUAGAGAGCGACUUUGCACUUGGCUUUCUUCUCACAUCAUUACACGAAUACAUACAACACAACCUAAAUAUGCAUUUGAAUAUAGUAACCUGUAUAAAUGUGUAUGGAUCCAAAUUAAUUUUGACCGUAAUACUUUUUCA